AUGUUCUCAGCAUUUAAACGUCGCACUGCUUUAGCGUCAACAUCGGACUUAAGUAUGAAGGGUGCGGUAUUACGUGACUCACCAUCCACUAUCACAUCAUCAAAAACAGAUGAAAAUUGUUUAUAUAUCACACCAACAAUAUCAACGGGUGAAAAAAAUAAUAACAAUUUAAAACAAAUACGUGGUCGAACAUUCUCCGGUCAUUCAUUAGCAUCUUCAUCGUCUUCAACAUUAACAACAAGUCCUUUAUUAAAUAUAACACGUCAGCAAGAAAAAGAAGAAUUACAAACGUUAAAUGAUCGUUUAGCCAUCAUUAUCGAUACUGUUCGACGUCUUGAACAAGAAAAUUCAAAAUUAAAAGAAAUUCAUCAAACAAUUCAUCUUGAACAUACCGUUAAAGUAUCAAAUAUAAAAUCAUUAUAUGAUCGUGAAUUAGAAUCGUCAAAAAAAUUAAUUGAUGAUAUAGCAAACGAAAAAGCGUUACAAGAUAUUGAAAAUGGUAAAUUAAAGAAAACUGUUUAUGAGUUAACUGAACAGUUACAACAUAAAUUAGAAGGUUUAAAUCGAUCGGAAGUCAAAAUGAAAAAGCUUGAACAAGAAAAUUAUGAAUUAAAAUAUCAGAAUGAAGCAUUAAAAAUAGCACAUGAUGAAACACAACCUCUACAUCUUCAAAUAGGUGAAUUAGAUCAAAAAUAUAAAUUAUUAGAAAAAUUAUUAGAAGAUGAAACACUGAAACGUGUUAAUGCUGAAAAUAAAUGUAAAACAUUAGAUGAAACAAUUCAAUUUAAAGAAUCAAUGUAUAAUACAGAAUUAAAUCAAGUUCGACAACAACAACGUACAAAAUAUGAUCGUAUUGAUGAUAGUUUAAAACAAGAAUAUGAUACACGUUUUUUUGAAGAACUCAAGAGUUUAAGAGAUGAAACAGAUCAACGUAUACAAGAAAUGCGUAUAGAUGUUGAACAAACGUAUCACCAAAAACUAUUUGAUUUUGAUGCAACUCAAAAACGUUUACAAGAACAAAUACAACAAUAUCGUCAAGAUUUAGUUGAUUCACGAAUGCGAUCAGAUGAAUUAAUUAAAGGUCGUAAUGAUGCACAAGAAAAAUUACAACAAUUAGAAGAACGUUCUCGUAAUAAUGAUCAACGAUUUCAACAACAACAGGAACGAUACGAGACGAUUUUGGCUGAACGUGAUCAAGAAAUUGAAAAAUUAAAUCAACAAGUACAAAAUACAUUAGAUGCAUAUCAAUCAUUGUUAGAUUUAAAAAUCGGUCUUGAUCGUGAAAUUGGUACUUAUCGAAAAUUAUUAGAAGUCGAAGAAGAACGUUUAAAUAUUUCAUCACUAAUGAGACAAAAUGAUUCAUCAAUUGCCGUAAUAGCCAAUGAUAAUUAUCGUAGUGAAAAUGAUGGCGAUCACGGGUCGUUAUUCUUCACAUCGAAAAUUAAUCCGGUGAUGGCUAGUGUAAGUGAAACAGCAAUAAUGAUGAAUGAUGGUCAUAUACCACGAAAACGAAAACGUCUUGCAAAUAUCAAUGACAAUCAUUAUGGAGGAGAAUUAUAA